AUGCCGGCAAACGCAGGCAUGGGCGGCAUGCCGAUGGGCAUGAUGAUGAUGCCGGGCGGCGCGAUGCCCGGCGGCGGCGGCGGCGGCGGCGGCGGCGCGGAAGCGGGUGCGGCGGCGGGCGCGGCGAAGGAGGAGAAGACGGCGUUCGACGUGAAGCUGGAGGGGUUCGACGCGGCGGCGAAGCUGAAGGUGAUCAAGGAGGUGCGGAGCAUCGCGGGGCUGGGGCUGAAGGAGGCCAAGGAGUUCGUUGAGAAGGCGCCCAUCGUCGUCAAGGCCGGCGUCAGCAAAGAAGACGCCGCCGCCAUCGCCGAGAAACUCAAAGCCGUCGGCGCCACCGUCGCCGUCGAGUGA